UGAAUACAGUCCACUGGUGAUGCUAUUAUAUUUCACACUGUGUGCAGCUUAUCUCCAAAUAUCCCAUUGUUCUGUAAAACUAACUGGAGCAGAGACUUUCGUUGUAAAAGGUGCCCAAAGCACGGUCACUAUCACCUGCACAAUAGAAGCGAAUGUAGAUCUUGACAGUAAGAAUAUAAUCUGGGAAAUAGGCUCGGGUGAGGACAAAGAAACACGGGACAUCAACAACAGUCAAGUUUCCUGGGAUGACAGUACUAAAGAAACUAAGUUGACUGUAGAUCCAACUCCUACUGAAACCACAAGUUAUGUUUGUCAGUACACGGGAGCUGAAACUAACUCCGCUGCAACAGUGCGGGUUCUAGGAUUUGAAGUCAGUCCUGGCUCCACCCACAUAAUUAAAGACAGUACAGGAACAUUAACUUGCUCCCUACCCUCGUCAAUAUACGCCGUGUCAGUUCAAUGGUAUAAAGAUGAUCAGGUGACAGGACCUCCUAGAACAGACAUUACCACCACACAGCAGGUAUCAGCAAGUGGUACCUACAAGUGUGUAGCUGACUACACAGCUCUGAGUACCUUCUCUGGGGGUAGUGUUACAAGUGACAUAGCUACCGUCUCCUUACUAGAGUUCGUGUCAGUAUCGGACGCUGUGACGCUCCUACAAGGACAGACAACCACCCUUUCCUGUACGAUACCAAAUACUCCGUACAGUGUGAAGGUCAACUGGUACAGAACAUCAGAUGAUACCAUGGUUAAGGAGUACCAGAGUGAUCAUGCUAACGCUCAAUACACCAGCACAUACCAGGCAAGUGAAGGUGGAGGUUACUAUUGUAAAGCUAUCUACACAGCUAAAGACCAGUUUAAAGGAGGCGAACUAAAGUCUCCCACCAUCACCCUCACUGUUAUAGAUUACACGAUUAACCCGCUCAGCUCGGAUGUGGGCGUAGGUAAACGUUACACUUUAACCUGCAAACUAGGACAGGCUGACUUCACCGCUAAAUGGUCCUGGUUCAAGGACGAUGCGGAGAUCACUGCUACCACUGCUGAUAUCAAGGCUAAACAGGAGAACAUUCUUAUUUAUACGUUGGACGGUAGUAAACAGUCAGGAGGGGAGUAUUUCUGUAGAGCAGAGUACGACACACAAACAGGACUACAGGCUGGUUCUAUUGAUAGUACCAAGGCAACUGUAACCAUAGCAGAUGUAACAGUAAAGAGUGUUGUGGUAGAGAAAGGCAAGCCAGCCUUGAUAAAGUGCGAUAUUACUGGAGCAGCUCAAGACCCUGAGGUUAUGAGGUUUACUAUGGACGGGGCUGAUAUUACUCAGGAGGAGGCGUUGGGGAACUUCCAGGACGGUGCCAAGAGUAUGUCAGUACAAAUACCGGACAUACAAUCAGACAAGACUUACUCCUGUGAAGUUGGGUGGAACUCCCUUAAUUACAACUACCCUCUCACUGUCGACAUGAUAGAACUGAAGACAGAACCGGAAGUGAACGGUGUUCUUGGACAGACUACGACCCUCACAUGUACCAUCUCUGAUACACAAUCUGCUCCUAACUCCAAAUACUGGAUAUUCAACAGCAAUGAGAACAUCAUGUCGGAGACGGCAGACUACCUGCCCACAGUAGUGACGGACGGUACCACCCUUACUUCCACCCUCACUAUAAAGUCAGUGUCAGUAGGAGGGGACUUUACUUGUAUCUUUGUGUACCAGACUGACGGAGUGGAUUUGGAGGUCUCAGCUUCUACUACUCUCAAAGUUACAAAUAUAGAGAUAAAAGGAGGAGGAGCACUGCAGAACCAUCCUGGUAUAUCAACUGUCACGUGUAAACUGGUAACAGCGGAUACGGAACCUACUAGAGUCUAUUGGAAGUACAACUCAAACGAGAUCACAGAAAACGUCACCUCCACUGGUUUCAUAGCCGGCAGCAAGACCACAGAGCUCCGCUACUGGGGGGUAGACAGUGACAGUGACUUCUUUUGUAACUGGGUCUGGGACGGGGAACCGGAAGUGGUUAUGAGGGUUCCUGUUGAAGUCGGAGAACUGGAAGUAUCAGGGCUCGUACUGAAACAAGGUGAGACUGGUCAGAUCACGUGUUCUAUUAAAGACUUUGAGACCCGUCCUCAGAAAGUCACGUGGAAGAAAGAUGGGAAUGCUCUCAACAGUAUCGUUAUCGGAACCAACAACAAGGAAUCUAGCUGGACACACAGUAUAACUAACGCAGGAGUGGACCAGGCGGGGGAGUACUCGUGCUCGCUAAACGUGGGGAAUGAUGUUCUGGAACUUAGCAACCAUGUCACUGUUGGGGCACCAGUGAUAAGCUCUACGCCGUUUGUUGAACAAGGAGGUGACUUAGUCCUAACCUGUAAACUAACAGUGUACAACCUACAAGCUAAACCUAAAGCUUACUGGACCGCAAACGGCAAUACAAUCACCGAGCCUCUGGAUACGGAAGUAACAGAUAAUACAGUAACAAGUACAGUAACACUGAGUAAAGUUAACAAAGAUAACGAGGUAGCGCAUGUCUGCGUGUUUGUGUUCACUGACCCCCAAUCUGCUGAUAUCUCUUCAGACCCUCUUACUCCUGAUGUUCUAGUGUUUGGAGUAGAGCCAGUGUCCCAAUACGGCUCAGUAGGCAGUGUAGCUACCUUUACCUGCACAGGGGAGGCGGGUAACAGUGAUGCUGGCAACCCUACUGUUAACUGGUACAGCACCGAGGGAGUCCAGAUCGGAGAAGUGGGAAGCACGAUCUACAAGUUAGAAAUACCACUAACUGGUACAGUAGUGGAGUGUAGGGUGACCUGGGCUAAUACUAACGUUAUACUCAAGACAACGGUCGCUGCUAUUGUCAGUAAUGUGGAAGCACUGCCCACACAGUACACUACAGAAGGGAAUAGCUCAGUAGAUCUGACGUGUCUUUACAAAGCUACUUCUGAGAACUAUGGAGCAGCUCCCUCGGAAGUAGGGUGGUUCAGGAUAGAGUCUGACAACUCUCCUACUGACCUCAGCACAAUAGCUGGCUACUCUGUCGACAAAGGAAUCUAUAGUGCCGGAGCGCAGACCAGUACCUUGACCAUCAGUAAUGUUAAGAUUGCUAACAACGAUGAUAAGACUUUCCAGUGUAAUUUCACUGUUGCUGGCCAGACUGUUUCUGGGAAGAUUAAACUUAGAGUUCUUGGAAUCUACCUGAACGUAGCAACUGAAAGCAUCACAAAGAUGUCGGGAGAGUAUCUCAGUCUAACAGCAGCCACUACACGUACCUACGACGUGAGCCCUACUUGGAGGUGGUUUAGAGAUAAGGAGCAGGGAACAACUUUGUUCGCGGGGGACGGUCUGAUAUUCCCUUCUAUCAGGGUAACUGAUGCUGGAAAGUACGUAAUUAACGCUCAUUUUGAGGUGCCUGUCGGAGAUGAGAUGAGAUCUUUAGAUGUUACCGCUACUACUACUGUCAUUGUCAACCCGGGUUGUAAGACUGGAUCAUUAAAGAACGUGAAGAACAGUGGAGAUAUUCCUCAGUACGUCCUUAACGGCUGGAGUGCUACCAUUCACUGCUCGGAUAACUACAUGCUGGAUAACUACAAGUACGAGACGUCCCAAAUUCUCUCCUGUACUUCAUCUGAUUUCGUGGAGUUAACUAUGAUCAGCUGCAUUGCUGGAUGUUGGUACGUGGUGCAAGAUCACGAGACAGUUGUUAGUUUUGGGAACAGUGUGAGAACACCAGGAGGUCCCUACCCUCUCUAUCCUAGUGAUAGUUUCAUAACAUCAUGUGAUACUGAUAACAACAAGACGUUUCCGUCCGGGACUAACCCUAACUACACUUGCCCUGAUGGAGGAGGUGUAAUGUCCUACACGCUGUGUACAGACGGGUGUAGAUAUGUGGAGGAUAAUAAGAUUAAUUUAACGUUUCCUGAUAAGAUGGUUCACAAAGACCUUCUUCCUCGAGGAGAAAAGUUGAAGUACGAGUGUCUUGAGGGUGAAGAUAACGUGUAUAACGCUGACCAUACCUUCACUUGUGUGGUGGAUGCUAACAACAACUCUAUCUCUAUCAACCUUCAGAUCUGCACUGUGCCGGUGCCGUGGGACGCUAUUAUAAUCGGACUAGCUGUCUUCCUGUUGAUACUGGCUCUGGCGAUGAUGGUGUUUGGGCUUUAUCUCUACAUGAAGAGGCAGAAGAGGAAGAUAAAGCUGCUUAACGGGGGAGAUGGUAUAUAUAGCAACCCAGCUGCCAAGGAGUCAGACGGGGGGCAGGGUGAUAUGGAGAUGGUGGAGCUGUGUAAACCUAUUGAGAUAUCCCAGUAUCAUGCCAAAUACAAGCAGUUGAUGGUAGAUGACUGUUACGCCCUGUCUCUGGAGUACGCUAAGAUAGCUAAAGAUGUUCCUAUCUCUAUGUAUCCCAUUACUGUCGCCAAGCAGCCCAUGUACAAAGCUAAAAACAGGUUUAUAGACAUAUUACCGUAUGACGGCACCAGGGUGACACUACAGCAGAUCGGAGAGGACCCCACCUCUCAUUACAUCAACGCUAGUUACAUUGACACAUUGGAGGAACCGCGAAAGUUCAUAGCCGCACAAGGACCUAAACCUGAGACACUAGCUGACUUCUGGAGGAUGAUGUGGGAGCAGAACAGUCAUGUCAUAAUCAUGGUUACCAAUCUAGUGGAGAAGGGCCGUAAGAAGUGUGAAGAGUACUGGAGCGACACCAAACCCCAGAGUUACGGUAACACCACCGUGGAGUGUCUGGGUAUUGUAUCCUUCCCCGACUACAAAGUCCGGAAACUUUCCGUCACACAGGGUUCAGGUAAGUCGCGGAUAGUAACUCACUACCAUUACGAGGGAUGGCCCGACCACGGUGUACCGGAUACUCCCACUAGUAUGAUAGCCUUCGCUAAACGGGCCUUCUCCGACAACCUCCAGGGACAAGGUCCCAUAUGUGUACACUGCAGUGCGGGUGUGGGGAGGACAGGGACUAUCAUCUCCCUCCACCUCCAGAUGGAGAACGUGAAGAACAACAACAAGAUCAACAUAUACGACACUGUCGUGCAGUUGAGGAAGUGCAGGAAGAUAAUGGUCCAGACUGAAUCCCAAUACGUGUUUGUCUAUCAAGCUGUUAACGAGUUGUUGAGAUGUGGAGAUACUGAGAUAUACGCCCAGAUGCUCUCCCACGCGUACAGGGAUUUGAGGAAGACCGUGUCAGGCACAGAUAAAACUGGUAUUCAGGUAGAAUACCAGAGACUGGUUUACAUUGCUAAAGAGGACUCCAAUGGCAAGUUUAUAGAAGCUACAAAAGAGUAUAAUCACAAUAAAAACAGAUAUCACAACAUCCUGCCUUACGAGAAGAACCGAGUCAAACUCGCUUAUCAGACGGGCGUACCCGGAAGUGACUACAUAAACGCCAGCUACAUUUCCUCCUACCACGAGAAGAACGUGUACAUCUCGACCCAGGCUCCUAAGGAUGGGACAGUUGUUGACUUCUGGAAGAUGAUAUACGAGACAGGAGCCUGUUCUAUCGUCUGUAUGACUAAUGUUGUCGAAGAAGGUAAGAUAAAGUGUGCCCAAUACUGGCCGCUACAAGAGCAGGAAGAAGUAGAGUACGGAUCCUGCAAGAUAAAGUUACUGGCAGUGGAUGAGGGUCCUGAUAUAACGAGGAGGGAGUUGUGUGUAACCCACUCCUCAGACGGCUACAAGGCUCUCAGACUUGUCAGAUUAUGGCACUUCACGACCCUCACAGAAAAGAGCAUGAAGUUGGGAGGACUGGCCAUGAUAGGGGCAAUAGAGAACAUGGCUCGGUGGCAGAAACAACAGGGCAACAAGCCGGCUGUCGUGCACUGCGGUGGUGGGGUGGGGAGAGCUGCUGCUUUCAUUGCUAUUGCUAACUGUCUCGAACAGCUAAAGUUAGAAGGAACUGUGGACAUUUUCCAGACCGCCCUGCAGCUGCGUCGCUCCCGACCUUUCAUGGUUCAAAGUGUAGAUCAGUACGACUACAUCUACAGAGCACUGGUGCAGUAUGUGGACAGCUUUGAUAAUUACGAGAACUUCAAAUAGUUGGAAUACUUCCGUAAUACUGUUCAACUUUAGCGCAGGAUCGGUUCGCUUACUCGGCUUCAGUUAAUUAUGUGCGACAUGUUUGGAACCGUGCAACCGAACCUGAACACAUAACCGAAACUGAGCUAAAGUUAAACAGUGGAAUUACUUGUGAGAGCAGUUUGGUUUAUUAAAACCUGAACAAACCCAUACCACCAACAGUGUCACAGUUUCUUAAUAGUUUGAAUGUUCGCCAUGAUAAAAGUCAUUUCGUCUUCGAGAAGAAAACCAUUAUUUUUACUAUUGUAUUGUAUUUGAAGAGUUAAUAAAGUUGAUUGACGGAAAGCAUGUUAUUUAACUAUUGGAUAAAACAUAUGAAAAUGUGGAGGAAUGUUUUGAACCUUGACAAAGACUUGACCUAUUGAUUUGAUGCUUGUUAAUGAGUAUAGAAUUAGAAGAAAAGAAGACUGGAUCAAAUUAUGUGUUAUUGUAGUAGCAAGAUAUUUGAAUUGUUUGUUUUAUGUGAAUUUCUACAAUAACUGAUAACGUUGAUUUUGAUCUAUUUUGGGUCGAGGUUUAUAUAUGACAGGGACGUGGUUAUUUAAUUUAGAACUUUUGUUAUUAAAGGUCUUCUUUUCUUCUAGUUAAUUCCCACACUAUAUAUUUUUUAAUUUCAGCAUUUUGUAGAUAAAUCCGGUACGAUUUAUAUUAUUUUGUAUUAUUUAUUUUGUUAAGAAUUUUAGUUGUGUUUGCUGUUUGACGCCAGUUGAUAAUAUUGUAUAACCGUUAUUACCUCUCUCUCGAUUCGAAAUAGUAAGAAGCUGUUUAAGCUGCAUAUUUGACGCUUCGAUUAUUCACAUUGUUCAAAUCUUUUAUCAUU